GUGUGUAAGUGUGUUUGCUCCUAUGUAAACAAGAUGCAAUCAACGACGCUGGAAAGGAGAAAAAAGAUGCAACCGCCGACGAUGCAGCAUAACGAUAAACAACCGGAACGGUCCGGACCGGGAGCCAUACGGAGCAGGAAAAGCGAAGAACAUAGACGCUUGGGGCGACGGAAACUGGCACCGACGGGUAGCAGCAGUAUAUUGACUUCCGCCCUUGGGGCACGCGAGCUGUUCCAUUCGACUUUUCUUCUCCUGCUGCUAGCACAGCAAUGUUACGGUGCGGAUCUAGUGAUAGAAAUCCCGGGCAAUCAGGGUUUGGAUGAUUCGUUUUACCGGCUUGACUACUACCCACCGAUCGGCAAUCCGGCAGCGAACGCAACGAUCGCUUCGCGGGACGUUGGCGAUGAGAUACAGUUCUCGAACGGGCUGCCCGGCACGCGGUACAACUUCUGGCUGUACUACACCAACUCCACGCACAAGGACUGGCUCACGUGGACGGUAUCGAUCACGACGGCACCGGACCCACCGGCCAAUCUUACCGUCAUACCGCGCAGCGGCAAAAAUGUCAUCAUCAACUGGAGUCCACCACUGCAGGGCAACUAUUCAUCGUUUAAGCUGAAGAUUCUGGGUCUGUCGGAUAACUUCGCCACCAACCAGACGGUCGCGAUCGAAGACAACCAAUUCCAGUACAUGGUGCGGGACCUGACGCCCGGUGCAACGUACCAGGUGCAGGCGUAUACACUGUACGACGGCAAAGAAUCGGUCGCCUACACGAGCCGCAACUUCACUACAAAGCGCUAUCGGCACAAAGAUCUGCUGGACAUUAAGAUUCUGCGAGAACCUAACACGCCGGGAAAGUUCAUCGUGUGGUUCCGUAAUGAAACAACCCUACUUGUGCUAUGGCAACCGCCCUAUCCGGCCGGAAUAUACACCCACUACAAGGUAUCGAUUGAACCACCGGAUGCACUCGGCAGCGUGCUGUACGUUCAAAAGGAAGGCGAACCACCUGGACCGGCGCAGGCAGCUUUCAAAGGGCUCGUACCGGGCAGAGCCUACAACAUAUCUGUGCAAACAAUGUCGGAAGAUGAAAUAUCGCUACCGACCACCGCCCAGUACCGCACCGUGCCGUUGCGCCCGAUGAACGUGACGUUCGAUAAAAAGUCCAUCACAGAAAACUCGUUCAAAGUAAUGUGGGAAGCGCCGAAGGGUACCAGCGAGUUCGACAAAUAUCAGGUCUCGCUAUCCACGUCCCGCCGGCAGCAGGCCGUUUUGCGAAAUGACAAUGAGAAUAUGGCGUGGCUCGAGUUUAAGGAAAAUCUCGACCCGGGCAAAACGUACCAGGUGGUGGUGAAAACCGUGUCGGGAAAGGUGACAUCCUGGCCUGCCAACGGUGAUGUUACGCUAAAACCGCUUCCCGUGAAGCAAUUGCUAUCUUCCACCGAUAGCAAGACGGGUAUCAUAACCAUCUCCUGGAAGCCGGAUGAAGUAAGCACGCAGGACGAGUAUCGCAUCAGCUAUCACGAGCUGGAAACGAAUAAUGGUGAUUCGAGUACGAUGAGUACCAAUCAAACCUCGUUUGCGUUGGAAACGUUGCUUCCGGGGCGGAACUAUUCCGUAACAGUGCAGGCACUGUCGCGCAAGAUGGAAUCCAACGAAACGGUGAUCUUUGUCGUCACGCGACCCUCGUCACCGAUUAUCGAGGAUCUGAAAUCUAUUCGCGAGGGACUGAAUAUUAGCUGGAAGAGCGAUGUGAACUCGAAGCAGGACAAGUACGAGGUGACCUAUACACGCAACGAUACCAACGAUGGCAAGACUGUACUGACCACGGAAAGCCGGCUGGUGUUUACGAAUCUCUAUCCGGGCGCCGGUUAUGAAGUGAAGGUAUUCGCUGUGAGUCAUGGUUUGCGCAGCGAACCGCACUCCUAUUUCCAGGCUGUUUAUCCAAACCCACCGCGAAAUAUGACGAUUGAAAAGGUAACGAGUAACUCGGUACUGGUACACUGGAAACCUCCGGAGCGAUCAGAAUUCACCGAAUACUCAAUCCGCUACCGAACGGAAAGCGAAAAGCAAUGGAUACGGUUACCGUCCGUGAAAGCUACCGAAGCGGACGUUACGGACAUGACGCCGGGUGAAAAGUAUACCAUUCAGGUUAAUACCGUAAGCUACGGUGUGGAGAGUCCGAAUCCACAGCAAGUCAAUCAAACCGUGCGUCCCAAUCCAGUCUCUAACAUUGCUCCGCUGGUUGAUUCUAACAACAUUACACUGGAGUUCCCGCGUCCGGAGGGGCGUGUAGAAACGUACAUCAUACACUGGUGGCCAACGGAACAGCCUGAUCAAGUAUCGAUGAAGAAUUUCACCGAAACUAAUACAAUAUUACCAUAUCCAGGCACGCUGAGUGAUGAUGAGAAAGUCGUUGAAGAACCACCACUCGUGCGAUUGCUUAUCGGAGAUCUGAUGUCUGGUGUGAUGUACAAUUUCAAAAUCCAGACCAUAUCAUACGGUUUGACAAGCGAUCUGACUAAACUGCAAACGCGAACGAUGCCACUGAUUCAAUCAGAAGUGGUGAUUGUAAACAAUAUGCACACCCGGGACACGGUUACGCUCAGCUACACUCCUACUCCACAGCAGUCUUCAAAGUUCGAUCUGUAUCGUUUCUCGCUGGGAGAUCCAGCCAUUCCAGAUAAGGAAAAGCUAGCGAACGAUACCGAUCGGAAAGUUACAUUUACCGGUCUCACUCCUGGCCGGCUGUACAACAUAACUGUCUGGACCGUGAGCGGAAAGGUGUCAAGUCAACCGAUUCAGCGACAAGAUCGUAUGUUCCCAGAUCCGAUUACGAUGCUCGAGGCAACUGGUAUCAACGAUACAUGGAUUGCGCUGAAAUGGGACAUUCCGAAGGGAGAGUACACGUCCUUCGAGGUUCAGUAUCUGAUGAAUGAUUCACACUAUGUGCAAAACUACACAGUCAACAAUCACAUCACUAUUACCGAUUUGAAGCCCCACCGUAACUACACCAUUACCGUUGUAGUCCGCUCAGGAACGGAAUCAAGCGUGCUGCGGGUCAGUUUACCCAUUUCAGCAAACUUCCAAACCAAGGAAGCACUUCCGGGCAGGAUGGACAAAUUCGCACCGAUUGAUAUUCAACCAAGUGAGAUUACGUUUGAAUGGUCACUACCACCAAAUGAACAGAAUGGUAUAAUACGUCAGUUCACGAUCACAUACGGGUUGGACGGAUCACAGCAUACGCAAGUAAAAGAUUUCCGACCGAAUGAGCUGCGUGGUUCGAUCAAGGGACUGCAGCCAGGCAAAUCGUACGUGUUCCGCAUCCAGGCGAAAACGGCUAUUGGUUAUGGACCGGAGCACAUAUGGAAGCAGAAGAUGCCAAUCCUGGCGCCACCGAAACCGGAAACUCAAGUCGUUCCAACAGAAGUGGGUAGUAGUGCAACGACGAUUGAAAUACGCUUCCGCAAGCAUUAUUUCAGCGAUCAAAAUGGAGUUGUGACAACGUACACGAUUAUAAUUGCUGAAGAUGAUUCGAAGAAUGCCUCUGGGUUGGAAAUGCCUAGCUGGCGCGAUGUUCAGUCGUACAGUGUAUGGCCACCGUAUCAGGUUAUCGAACCGUACUAUCCGUUCAAGAACAGUUCGGUUGAGGAUUUCACUAUCGGUACGGAGAACUGUGAUGCGAAGAAGACGGGCUACUGCAAUGGUCCGCUAAAAUCGGGCACCACGUACAAGGUAAAGGUGCGUGCGUUUACCGCACCGGAUAAGUUCACCGAUACGGCCUACAGUUACCCUAUUCGCACGGAAACUAAAACAGCUCUUCUAUCGGUGGAUGCUCAAGACAAUACGUCCCUCAUCGUUUCGAUCACAGUGCCAUUACUGAUCAUCGCAAUGCUGGUAGGGGUAGUGCUGUUCCUUCGCCGCAGACGACACACCGGUCGUAAAACCACCGAACAACGGACCAAUGACAAUAUGUCCCUGCCAGACAGUACCAUUGAAACGAGCCGUCCGGUGUUGGUAAAGAAUUUUGCCGAACACUAUCGCAUGAUGUCAGCUGAUUCCGAUUUUAGAUUUAGUGAAGAGUUCGAAGAACUCAAACAUAUUGGCCGCGACCAACCAUGCACAUUCGCGGAUCUACCGUGCAAUAGGCCGAAGAAUCGAUUUACCAACAUUUUACCUUAUGACCAUUCCCGAUUUAAACUACAACCGGUUGACGAUGAGGAAGGCUCGGACUAUAUCAAUGCUAAUUACGUGCCAGGUCAUAACUCACCGAGAGAAUUUAUUGUGACGCAAGGUCCACUGCACUCCACGCGGGACGAUUUCUGGCGGAUGUGCUGGGAAAGCAAUUCGCGUGCAAUUGUGAUGCUAACGCGCACCUUUGAGAAAGGUCGAGAAAAGUGCGACCAUUACUGGCCGCACGAUACCGUACCAGUAUAUUACGGUGACAUUAAAGUGACACUACUUAAUGAUAGCCAUUACCCGGAUUGGGUCAUCACCGAGUUUAUGAUGACGAGAGGUGAACAACAGCGUAUUAUACGCCACUUCCACUUCACAACGUGGCCCGACUUUGGUGUGCCAAAUCCUCCUCAAACGCUUGCCCGAUUCGUGCGAGCGUUCCGCGAACGUGUCGGGCCCGAUCAACGGCCAAUCGUGGUGCACUGUAGUGCCGGUGUGGGCCGAUCCGGCACAUUCAUCACACUGGACAGAAUAUUGCAGCAAAUUCAGGUCUCAGAUUAUGUAGACAUUUUUGGUAUUGUCUGGGCAAUGCGGAAAGAACGUGUCUGGAUGGUACAAACGGAGCAGCAAUAUAUAUGUAUUCAUCAGUGUUUGCUGGUCGUGCUGGAGGGUAAAGAAGGCACGGAGCGUGAAAUUCACGACAAUCAGGGCUACGAAGAGCCCCGAGAUGACGAUGAUCAGCAAUCCGAGGAGCAGUUGCUGAUAGAAAAUCGUUCCGAUGAUGAUUUAGACGAGAUAGCGGUCCAACACCAAGAGAAUGGUGGCACUACUGGUGCUACUGUAGAAAAUCUUGAGCUGGAUCGCCGAAGAAGUGGAACUGUUGAGGUACUCGAUAAUGAGUUGGCGCUAAUACAGCAGGCCAAUUUCACCACCGGUGAAACGACUGAGGAGGAACUGCUGGAUGAUGAGGAAGAGGUUGAGGUUACUGUUGAUGGGCUAAUGAUAGUGUCAAGAAAACAGUCACAUAUCGGUUCCACAACGGCACCACCCGCAGGUGAUGGGAAGCAGCAGCAGAACUCUGGCAAUAAUGACCGGGACCAACCUUCCUCUGGACACGAUGAACGUUCUAUCAGUAGCGGAGGAACAAAUAGCAAUAACAGUGCCAACAGUGGAUACGAAUCCAGCCCUCAUAAGCGCCACUCAAUGACGGCCACCAGCCAGGACAGACGAUCGCUAAGCUUUUCCACCGGUGGGGGAGAAAUCAUCAGCAAAGUGGAUCUAACGAAUGGGGAUCCAAUGCAACAGCAGCAACAAACCCAUCAAGGAUCAGGAGGGCAGCAGCAGCAGCAGCCACAAAUCCUUCCUCCAACGCAACAGCAGCACCCUGCCCAUCAGCCAACGGUCGGCGGUGGAGGGAAGCUGUGGAAGGAAGAAAGAUGACAGUUAGAGAACGAUAGCGACAAUCGAAGCAGCGGCCGUAGCAGCAUCGUGAUCGCUAUCAACGACAACGAUAGUCAUGUAAAUAGUAACGCCUCGAAUGUAGUAAUUCUACGUGCGGACGGCGAUGACGACGAUCGUACGAUGGCAACGAAAGACGAUGAAACCGAAAUCGAUGACGGUAUCGACGGUUCGGAUGAGGGUGAUGAUGAUCUGAACGCUGUGGAGGACGGUGGU